AUGAAACUUUUAUGUGAUUUAAAACUUUUAAGUGAUAUAUGGUAUAAAAGAUAUUUAUUAUCACAAACAAAUGAAACAGAUCGAAGAGUUUCAGAAAUAAUUGAUCAAGAACAAGAAAAAGAAGAUCAAAAUCAAAAUAAAUUUCAUUCGGCAAUAGAUGAAGAUUUUGAUUUAGAUGCAUAUAAGGAAUUAUUCGAAAUUAAAGAAUUACAAUCAAACAUCAGUGUACAGCAUAAGCAAGAUUAUCUGUAA